AUGCAAAAGUGGCCGGGAAUAGGGGAUAUUUUAAACACGUUUUACUGAGAUUACUUUGUCAACAAGUUAGGUGACUACUGUCUUUAAUUGCCAAAGUAAAUACUUUUUUGAUGGACUGAGGUUAUGUUGUGUUGCUGGUUUUAAUUGAUAAAGGCUGGAGAUGAAAAUGGAUGCCUACUAGCUGGAGAUGCCCGGGGGGGAACUAUUACAUCAGACGGAAUGACAAUGAUUAAAAUCCGCUUUUCCCUGCUCUAAAGCCAUAGAGGAGUGACACUCGCCUGCAGACACCGGGCUACUGAAGAGCAUCUCCAAACCCCCUGCAACCCGCAACUUAUGCUCUGCACCGUUUAUAGCGAUAUCUUUGACUUUUGGCGGACAGUAACAUAAGUUAUUAUCAUCUUUGCUUUGCUUCGUUUCGAGAAAAAGGGGAGUAUCACGAUUUUUUUUGCGUUAAGAAAAUCGUCUGGCGGAGACUGGAGUUGAGCUAAUUGUAGCCUAAUCCCCUGGCCCAAAGGCGUCUGGGCAGCCGGAAGCCACAACUCUUUUCUCAGCUCUGUUAUUUAGAGACGGAUUAUCGGCGUUCUCCUUCUUCCAGUAACAGUUUUAUUCAAGCGAAAAGAGCCGGGGAUUCUUCCACACACACAAACACGCACACACUGAGCGUGCGCCAAACGGAGCCGCGAAGGGGAAGGAAGUCGCUCCUCAUGUACAAGGAAGGAAGAAGCAUGUCGCGCCUGUCUCUGACGCGGUCCCCGGUAUCUCCCCUGGCCACGCAAGGGAUCCCUCUCCCGGCGCAGCUCACCAAGUCCAACGCCCCGGUGCACAUCGACGUGGGCGGACACAUGUACACCAGCAGCCUGGCCACGCUCACCAAGUACCCGGACUCCAGAAUAAGCCGUCUGUUCAACGGGACGGAGCCCAUCGUGUUGGACAGCUUGAAGCAGCACUACUUCAUCGACCGCGACGGCGAGAUCUUCCGCUACAUCCUCAGCUUCCUGCGGACCAGCAAACUGCUGCUGCCCGACGACUUCAAGGACUUCCACCUGCUCUACGAAGAGGCCCGCUACUACCAGCUGUCCCCCAUGAUCAAGGCGCUGGAGGGCUGGAAGCAGGAGCGCGAGCAGCGUCGCAUGGCCCAGCCCUGCGACUGCCUGGUGGUCCGCGUGACCCCCGACCUGGGCGAGCGCAUCGCCCUCAGCGGCGAGAAGGUGCUCAUCGAGGACGUCUUCCCCGAGAUCGGCGACGUCAUGUGCAACUCGGUGAACGCCGGCUGGAACCACGACCCCACGCACGUCAUCCGCUUCCCCCUCAAUGGCUACUGCCGGCUCAACUCUGUGCAGCUCUCCCCCGCCUCGCCCAUGGCUGGGUCCAACACCUCCACCACGGCCGUCCUACCGCCCGGGAUCGCUAAAGAGCAGAUCAAGGAGUCGGAGUAG